CCCCACCUGCUCAUAAUAAUUGAAUUCCGCAGUAAAACUCUAAGAUGGGUUCAUUGUUUUCAAAUUCCCAAGAGGCUUCCCCUCAGUCAAGUCCAGAAGUCAAGCCUCAGGAGCAGGCUGAAUACAAAGAGUCAAUAGAAGUGGGGAACAAGGAAUGGAAGGUAGACAAGCAAGUGAGCAGAGGACUACUCGAGGUCUUGAACAGUCAGAGCCAGAAGUUCAACGACAUCAGGUAUGAACCCUCUAAGUUCCUUGGAUUCAACUUCUUCGGAAAUUCUGCGUAUUUUAGACUGAAAGUUCUUCAUAAGAUGAAAUACAAAGCUGAUGAUAUUAACUCUCUGGAUAUUUAUCAGCUUUGUCAAAGAAUUAGCUUUGUGAACACACUUUUAAAUAAUUUAUGGGGGAAUAAGUUAAAGAAAAUAGUCUUGCAUACUGAUCAUGAUGCUAACAUCGACAAGAAAACAAAUUUGAAUUAUUAUCUCAACAGCUUCUGAAAGGCUUUAAACACUCCAGCAAAACACGUGGUUAUAAAACACUUUGACUUGUCUCACAAGCAAUUCUGACGAAUUCUGGCAUCUUGUAACGGGAAAUGCCAUUUGGAGUUUGACUGAUGCAAUCUUGAAGUUGAUAACUUCAGUUGUUUGCACAAUGCAAAGCCAUCAAUAGAAAUCCUUCAGCUGGUUCAUUGAAGCUUUUCUCGUCAAGGAAAAGUUAUAAAGAAUAGUGUGCUUAUCGAAGAGAUAGCCUUUUCGAGUCUUCAUCAUUCCUUAAGUAGAAUCGAUGUUUAUCAAUUUGGAGGAAAAUCUUCUUUGAUGAAAAUCAAGCCAAGGCAAGAAUAUAUUCUAAAUGAUGUAAAUAUCUGAUUCUACUAAAUCUAAA